AUGGCGUCCGCAUUCACCACCAACGCCACCAUCACCAGCUUCGGCGGUCGAUUCCUGAAGCUCACCCACCAGUCCGCCACCACCGGCACGCCCAUGAACCUGACCCUCUACCUGCCGCCGUCCGCCUCGGCUUCCAAGCCCGCGCCGCUCCUCAUCUACCUCUCCGGCCUGACCUGCACGCCCGACAAUGUCACCGACAAGGGUUUCCUGCACGCCCACGCCGCGCCGCUCGGCCUCGCCCUGCUGUACCCGGACACGUCCCCGCGCGGCCUCGACCUGCCCGGCGAGCACGACAGCUGGGACUUUGGCAGCGCCGCCAGCUUCUACAUCGACUCCACGCGCGAUCCCUGGAGCACCAACUACAAGAUGGAGUCGUACCUGACCAAGGAGCUGCCCGGCCUCGUCUUCGGCGCAUUCAAGGAGCUUGACUCGUCGCGGGUCUCCAUCAGCGGCCACUCCAUGGGCGGCCACGGCGCCCUGACGCUGCACCUCAAGAACCCCGGCAUGUUCAAGAGUGUCAGCGCGUUCUCUCCCAUCUCCAACCCCAUCAACUGCCCCUGGGGUGAGAAGGCCUUCUCCGGAUACUUGGGUGAUGACAAGGAGGAGUGGAAGAAGCACGAUGCCACUGAGUUGGUCAAGAACUGGAAGGGUCCUCUGAACGCCCUCGUUGACGUGGGAACUGCCGACAACUUCUACAAGCAGGGCCAGCUGCUCCCUGAGAACCUUCAAAAGGCUGCCAAGGAGGCUGGUGUCGAUGCUCUUGAGGUCAACUACCGAGAGGGCUAUGACCACUCCUACUUCUUCAUCUCCACCUUCGGUGCCAACCACGUCCAGCACGCCGCCAAGGCCCUGGGUCUCCUCUGA